AUGUUCGAGACCACGCUGACUUUGCCACGCACCAGCGUGCUAACCGAACCGCUGGGCAGCGUUCCAUCCACUUCGACGGCGGCGGUGCAAACAACCACCACCACCAGCAAACGGCGUCGUCGUCGUCGCAACAAACGCCGCCGCAAGUCAUCCAUGUCGAGCAGUGAGGCGCCCUCGUCGCGCACCUAUGAUCCUGUGAUGACGGCAACCAGCAUACGCGGUGGCGGUGGCACAGCACGUCGUGGUCGACGCAGGAACGUCAGUUCCUCGGCAUCAGCAGCAGCGGCGGCGGCGGCAGCAGCAGUAGCCGCGGCAGAGGAAGCGGCGGCAGCAAUUGAGGAAGCAGAAGCAGAAGAAGCAUCAUCGUCGGCCAGAAGCGGUGGCAGCAGUCCGGGAUUAUUUGCGGAUCCGAGUGACUAUUUCGAGACACUCGAUUAGAUUCUUAAGUUUGGUUGGCUGUCAGCUACCUGUCAGCUGCAAUCUGUAGUAGGUUAAUUCUGUUGUUACUUUCACAUUUUUUACAUGCGCCUUCCCCAUAUGUGCGCCUAUUUAAUGCCCUUCUUUUUAAACUGGUUUAAACAUUAUUUGCAAAGGAAAGAAACAAAGAAAAUUAAUAAUUAAUGCGCGACAACAGCGUUUGUUUGGCGAGAUUUUAAAUAACGUUUUAAAGCAUAUUUUUAUAUUAAUUAGCUUUUCGGAUGUAAGCAUAAAACGUGUGUGUAAUAUUAUCUUAUGUAUAAUUAAUUAAACAAUUAUGAUGAAGGCCGUGCUGCGUCACGCCUCCUCCUACUUUUCCUUCUGCUCCUUUCAUAUUAUCCCCAAAAUACUUUUCAAACUUAAAUGGCAUGCAAUAUUGUGUAUUGUUUUGUUGAAAAAUUUCAAAGCAGCAGCAAAAUGGAAAUAGAAAUGGAGAGUAAACCAAAAUAGAUUUUUAAUGCAAAUGAAAAACGAGAAACAUUAGCAUAUUUUCAAAACUGUUCGUUCAUUAAACAUUUAAAUUUAAAAACUUAGUGUUACAAAACCAUUUUUGCAAAACAAUUUAAUCGCUUGAAUCCAAUGCUAAUACUGAAUGAAAUAUAUAGCUAAUCAUAAUUUCAAUUUCCCCAAAAACAAUUGAAAUAAAAGGAAUAAAAAUAUUCAAGUAGUACUCUACAAUAUGUAUAUGGAUGUGAACCACACGAAUCAUGAUCAAUAAUAAUCUCCCUUAUUAAUAUUGGGUGCAAAAUUCGACAUUUCGAUGGAUUUUUUCAUAAUGAGCAACAAUUUUAAGUGUAAUAUUUCGCUGUAGUAGCAUAUAAAAAUUAUUCGAUAAGUAUAUACAUCAGACAUCGUUUAAAUAUAU